AUGGCCCCUCCGGCGGGCGGUUCGGCGGCAGGCUCGGAGCCGGACUCGGGCGCGGUGCUCCUGGCAGUACACGCCACCGUGAGGGCGCUGGGCGCCGCGCCAGACGCCGAGGCGCAGCUGCGGAGGCUGCAGCUGAGCGCGGACCCCGAGCGGCCCGGGCGCUUCCGGCUGGAGCUGCUGAGCGCGGGGCCCGGGGCGGUCGGCUUGGAGUGGCCCCUGGAGUCAGUCUCCUACACCGUUCGCGGCCCCGGCCUGCAUGAAUUGCAGCCUCCACCCGGAGGCCCUGGGCCCUUCAGCCUGCACUUCGCCAACCCCCAGGAGGCUCAGCAGUGGGCAGCAGUGCUCCGAGGUGCCAGCGAGGAGAGACAGAACGGUAGCAGCAGCCUGCCCCCAGCCUUGGGCCCAGAGACUGGCCCCGUCUCCCUUCCCAGUGCCACCCGACCUGAGGUAGAUCUUCCCCAGAGCCCUGGAGACUUGAUGGAGAAAGAAGAGUUGGCAAGGCGCCUGGCCCAGGCGAUCACGAGUGGGGACGAGAAGGGUGCAGCGCACACGGCAGCCGUCCUGGCCCACCGUCAGAUGGCCCUCAGUGUCUGGCUCCAGGAGGCUUGCUUCCCGCCUGGCCCCAUCAGGCUGCAGGUCACCGUUGAAGACGCUGCCUCUUCUGCCCACAUUGCACUGCAGGUCCACCCUCACUGCACCGUGGCAGCCUUGCAGGACCAGGUGUUCUCCGAGUUCGGCUUCCCACCAGCCGUGCAGCGCUGGGUCAUUGGGCGGUGCCUAUGUGUGCCUGAGCGCAGCCUUGCCUCCUACGGGGUGUGGCACGAUGGGGACCCUGCCUUCCUGUACCUGCUCUCAGCCCCUCGAGAAGUCUCAGGACGCAGCCCUCAGCACCCCCAGAAGAUGGAUGGGGAGCUGGGCCGCCUGUUUCCCCAGUCAUUGGGGCUGCCCCGAGCCCCCCAGCACCCCAGCCCCCUAAAGCCUGGCUGGUCCUGCCCCUCCUGCACCUUCAUCAAUGCCCCAAGCCGACCUGGCUGCGAGAUGUGUAGCACCCAGAGGCCCUGGGAUCCCCCUUCCGCAGCCUCCACCCAGCAGCCACCACAGGUCUCCAGGAGAGAGGACAGCCACUCCCUGCCAGGUCUCUCGGCGGACCUCUGCUGA